AUGCCAACCCAUCUUCUCGAAAUCAAAGACCUCCACACCUACUUCUUCAGCAAGGACGGUGUCAACAAGGCAGUCAACGGCGUCUCUCUCGCUCUCGAAGAAGACUCCAUACUCGGCGUCGUGGGCGAGAGUGGCUCCGGAAAAACCGUAACCGCCCUCUCCGUGCUUCAGCUCGUGCCAUUCCCCGGCGAGAUCGUCAAGGGCAGCAUCACCUACAACGGCCGCGAGCUGCUGGGCAUGACCUCCGAGGAGAUCCGCCACAUCCGCGGUAAGGAGAUCUCCCUGAUAUUCCAGGAUGCAGGUGCGGCGCUGAACCCCGUCAUUCCCAUCGGCAAGCAGGUCGAGGAAAUAGUCCUUGAGCACACGGACCUCGGUGGCAGGCGCGCCCGCGCCCUCGCCAUAGAACUGCUCGGUCAGAUGGGCAUUCCCGAUGCCAAGAAUAUGCUCAACCGCUACCCGUUCCAGCUCAGCGGUGGCAUGGCGCAGCGCGUUCUCCUGGCAAUCGGCGUCGCACUCAAGCCGAAGGUGCUCAUCGCAGACGAGCCUACUUCCAACCUCGACGUAACCCUGCAAGCCGAGAUUCUGCAUCGCCUCAGCCUACUCCGCAAGGAGAACCACUCCGCGAUUAUGCUCAUCACCCACGACCUUGGUGUCGUUGCUCAGAUGACCCAGACAGUGGCGGUCAUGUACGGCGGUACGAUCGUCGAAUACACAGACACAAGUCGCUAUUUGCAAAGCCCCUUCACCCCUACACUUGGGCGCUGUUCCAGGCGAUACCCCGCUUGGACACCGGGCAGCAGUCACUAA